AUGGACCGCCUCGCCUGGCUGUGGCUGCUGUGGACGAGCUCCAUGGGCGCGGAUGGCCUGCCGCUGGAGAUGCGGCGGCAAUUCCUGCGGCUGGGCAAGCAGGCGCUGAGUACCUGGAACGGCUGCUUGGGCGUGGAGUCGCUGCUGGCACCUUUGAAGCUCCCCUGGGACCUCACUCGGGGCGGCCGCUUGCUGCUGGACGUGGGCGCGAACACUGGCAGGGCUAGCGAGGCCAUGGUCUCGGUGCUGGGCCAGGCGUCCGGGUGCGGGGAAGUGGAGACGUUGGAGCUCAUCGCCUUCGAGCCGCACCCCGUGAACCAGGCGGAGCUGCAGAAGCUACUGAAGCGCAUGGCGAGCCCAGGCCGGCGGCUGCUGUCCGUGGCCGCGGCGGUGUCGGCUGCGCCAGGGCACGCAGAGCUCUUUGGCUUGUCAGGCACCGAUCUGGGCAGUUCGCUCUCGCCGCACGUGAACGUGAUGCGGGAGAGGUGGCUGGCCAAUGUCAGCCGGAGCGUCGCAGUGGUGUCCCUUGAGUCCUUCCUGGAGGUGGACCGCAAGGUCUUCUUGCUCAAGGUGGAUGCUGAGGGUUUCGACCCCCUGGUGCUCAAAGGCGCGGACCGCCUGCUGCGAAAGCGCCGCGUGAGGUUCCUGGUCUUUGAGGUAGACCGCGCCUGGCACAAGGCGGGCCACGGUAUCUCCCUGGAGCAGGUGGUGUCCCGACUUUUUCGUCUGGGCUAUUUCUGCUUUGUGAUGCACCCCGAGGUGCUCGUUCCCGUCUAUGGAAUUUGGUGGAACCCCACCUACAACUCCUUCACUUGGGCCAACGUCUUCUGCGCUUUGCGCAACGAUCCGGCGCUCUUCGCCGUCUUCGUGUCAUACAGCUUUGGGAACCUGAGCUUGCAGUACGCAGCGCACGAGCUGCUGCCGCAGAGCCUCAAUGCGACGCUGCGAGGCCUUUUGGCGCCAGUUCGCCGCGUCUCGCCGCGCGGAAAUAAGCGGCGCCGCAUGCGCGUUCUGCGCUUUGGGGACGGUGUUUCGAAGAACGAAGGCCCCAUGUUUGAGGAUAUACUCUACAAGUUCCAAUUUAUGUUGGAACACCUGGAGAUCUUCUGCUGCGAGCUGCGAGAGACGCUGGAGGACCGGCUGAUGCUGGUGCUGGCAGACCUGGAGCGCCAGGUGCCUGAGCUUCUGCAGAAGCUCCAGCGCCAGGCGGAAGAGGUGGCAGACCGAGCGUCUAAGCUUCAGGAGCUUGAGGUGCGGGUUGAGAUGGUGUCCCGGCGCAUAGGGACCCAGGAUGAGAGGCUGCAGAGCUGUGCGGAGCGGUGCGAGCGGACGCCGCUGCAGCUGCGGAGCCUCUGUCGGGAGGAGUUGCAGCGGAGGCUCAGUGAGGAGGACUUGCCCGCCACAGCCUUGGCAGUGGCGAAGCAGCAGGAAGCUCUGGACGAGGUGCGACUUCAGCUGCAGCGGCUCCUGGACCGCCUGGAGUGGGGCGGGCUCCUGGAGAGGACGCGAUGGAGACCCGAUUGA